AGCAUCCAGGUUCAAAUUAAAGGCUGUGCUUGAAACAGGGAAGUUUACGUCAAAUUAGCGGAACAAACGAAGGAAGCGGAAUACUCACAAACGGGUGUGCAGUGCCGGGAAAAAUGGAGAACUUGAAGGCAGACUAUAAGAAGACAAAGGACAACAACAGCGAGAGUGGAUGGGCACGUCGUUCUACCAGAAUAUUUGAGGCGAUAGACCGCAUCCUGGGGCACAAGCCAGCAACUUGCCCACCUGUUCUGUUGGAAACACUGUCAGUUUUACUAGCUGCAGGUGCAGGUGCUAGUGAUCAACAAGAUGACGACGUUGAGGUCAGUCAAGACUUUGAUGGUAAAGGAAGCUCGGUGAUGGGCAGUUUCUCGCGUACAAGCUUACUCCGUCUGAAGGAAAGUUCCAGUUCCGCCGCAGCAGCCGUGUGUUCAGAAGGUUCCAUUGCUGACACUUGCCAAAUCACGUCUGCUAGUAGUAAAAAGGAAAAAGGAGUGAAAAGACAACAGCAAUGCAGGAAUAGAGGCCACGAGGGAAGAAUGAAAGACAUGAUGGAAACUAUGAUGAAGGGGUUGAGUGAGAUGAAGGAGCAGAUGCAGCACUAUUGGUGGAACUAGAGAACAAGAGGAUGCAGUACGGAGAUUCACGACAGAGAGAGAAAAGAGAGUAUGAAGGAAGGAGAAAAAGAGAGGAAAGAGAGUAUGAAGAAAGGAGAAAAAGAGAGGAAAGAGAGUAUGAAGAUAAAAAGAAGAAAGGAAGAAAAGGAAUUUCAACUGCAGAUGAUGCAGUUGAUGGUAGGAUUUGUGAACCAAAGCCAGCUCAAUAUGGCCCACCAUGGGCAUAUUUCGAUCUGCUGUCUCAACAUCAAUAAUAUACUGUUGUUACAGUUGCAUCUUUUGUUGUUGGAGUUAAUGGCAUCUAUUUAUUAUUAGAGCUACAUCUAGUUGUUGCUGGAGUUACAUCUAUUUAUUUUUAAAGUUACAUCUAUUUGUUGUUGGAGUUACACUUAUUUGUUGUUGGAGUUGUAUCUGUUUCCAUAACUGUAGAGAUACAGUAGUAUGUUGUUGAAACAAUAAGUGAUAUUAUAAU